AAAUUGAUGAAUUGUAUCUAAACACAGGUUAUAUGGAAAACUAUGAGCAUACAAUUACGGUAUUGCAGCAACAAUUGCAAGAACAAGAAAAUAGAGAGCUUAUUAUGAUCACGGAAUUUCAACGGAAUAUCGAAGACAAAGAGCGAAUGAUAUCAGAAUUGAGGAGACAUUUAGAAGAGUGCUAUGAAGUUAUAGCUUAUUUGAAAG